AUGUCAACUACAACCACCCCAACAACCGAAUCCCAACCGGUGACGCUUCCUCCGCCGUCUCGCGUCCCCCGCGGCGACGUGACCGUCAACCUAAACUUCUACGAGCCCCCAGCCGACCCGUCCUCGGUGCCCUUCAUCUUCGUGGACCCGCUCCCCUCGGACCCGGGGCGCAACUUCACCGACCUCGUGGUCCCGACGCGGCUGCACGACAUCCGCGGCCGGGAGUCGUCGUACAACAACCUGGACCGCGACGCCUUCGCUGUGGUGCGUGGCGUCCCGCCCUCGGCUGAGGACCGCUUCCGCGACGACGCCUCCAUCAAGGCCAACUACUACCCGGAGGUGGAGAGGCUCCUGCUGGACAGCAUCCCCGGCUCGGAGAGGGUCUACAUCUUCGACCACACCAUCCGCCGCGACGAUCCGAGCUCGGACCGCCACCCCGUGCAGUCGGUCCACAUCGACCAGACGGCUGCGUCUGCCGCGAAGCGCGUGAGGCGGUACUUUGGGGCUGACGGGGACGAGGCCGAGAGGCUGCUGGCCGGGCGGUACCGCAUCGUCAACGUCUGGAGGCCGCUGGGCGACGGUCCCGUCGAGUCUCACCCGCUCGCCUUCGCGUCCUCGGAGACGGUCGACGACGCAGACGUCGUCCCCGUCGAGCACCGUUACCGCUCCGGGUACGUCGGCCAGACCGCCGCCAUCCGCCACAACCCUGCCCAGAGGUGGUACUACCUCAGCGGCAUGACUGGCGACGAGCGCCUCCUGCUCGAGUGCUUCGACAGCGAUGCCCUCCGCCCCGGGUCUGCCGUGGCCGGUGGCAGGGUCCCGCACUCGGCUUUCGAGGAUCCGCGCACCGCGCCUGAUGCUAAGCCGCGGGAGAGCAUCGAGGUUCGUGCCCUAGUGUUUGGGCCGUGA